AGCUACUAAAUGCAAGACGAUUUAUGUAUCGAUUUACUUGAAAAAAUUACAACAUUGUAAAAUUAUUUUUUCAUUUGCUUUUUUUUUUAGUUUCGUUUUGGAAAUUUUCAUCACGUUGUCUGCAUAUUGUAUGUAGUAAAUUAAUUGGUGAAUAUUUUAGGUAAAUUCCAAUCCACAGUUAUUUCAAAUUACGGAUCUGAAUCAUUGUGAAAUAGGAAUUCUGUACUCGGAAAUUUUACGAUAAAAAAUCGAUUACUUAUUCGUAUCAGUAAACGAUGGUGAUUUUGGACUGAGAAAUAGGUUAUGGUUAACUGUUAGUCAAAUAGUUUGAAAUAAGUAAAUGUUUACCGAGAACUUUGGUUGAAUUUCCAUCUGAUGUUGACAGCAUGUCUUCGAAUCCGGAACUUUUUGGAGAUGAUAGACCAGGAACGGUCAAUUAUUACAAUGAAAUACCCGAAGAGGAUAGAAUUUUGCCAUUAUUUACCAAACAGAAAAAACCACUGAAAAAAAGAAUGUUCAAAGGACCAUCUCGUGCAUUGUACCGUAAUCGUAAACGAAUAACAAGAAGAAUGACUCAAUUGCUGAUAAUUGUAUUACUAGUUUAUAGCAUUUUCAUGAUUUAUAAAUUAUAUUUUUUCAAAAGAGAUCCAUUUUGUACCUCGGAGUCGUGUCAACGAGCAGAGAGUGAGUUUCUUAAAUCGACUGAUUUUGAAGUCAACCCUUGUCAAAAUUUUUACAAAUAUGCUUGCGGAAAUUGGGAUAAGCAUAACACGAUUCCACCAUAUGCUUCGGAAAUAAGCGUAGUUCAAAUAGUUCAGAACGAAAUUUUGAAAAAAAUAUCUCAAUUUUUGAGCCAAACUGAUUCCAGAUGGGAACCUAAAGUGAUUCACGAAACACGAAAAUUUUAUCAAUCUUGCAUGAAAACAGGGCUUUCGUCGUCAUUUUCUAAAGAAUACGUAGAUUUUGGUGAAUUACUUCAAGUCUUGUCGGAUGUGCAUCUUCCAAUGGAACAACACAUAAUGAACACAUCGCCUGGAUUCUCAUGGUUCAGGACAGUAGCUCUGAGCAAGAGUCGUUUCGAUAGGAAUUUCUUUUUCGAAUUUGAUAUCGUACAAGAUCCGAAGAAUCAUGUUUUCAACAGGAUACUCAUUUCGAAGCCGACAUCCACGUCGAUAUUUUCGAGUUUUGUAAACGACGACCCAGUCCUAUCGAGUGUCUUUAAACGUCAAGAACAUCACUCCUUCAUGGAUCCGAAAAAAAAUUUCAAGCAUGUAUCCGAGAUGAUGGAUUUCGCUGAUGUAAAAGAGUUGUCCAGAAAUGCGUACCACAAAUACAUACGAUCUGUUUACAAACUAGCUUACGAUGCUUCCAAUAGGCAUUGGUCGAUACACACUGAAAAAGAAUUCAACAUGAUGUUCGUACUUCUGAUGCUAUUCAGUUCAAAUCUAGAUCGAACAAUGAAAGCAUACCCGAAUGAUCAACGCCAUUUACCAAAACUUUACACCAUCGAUAGUCUGCAAAAGAUGACUGAUGGAAUCUUCAAACGUAAUAAGCAUCCUUUUUCAAUCAACUGGAAGGAAUAUCUACAAAUCAUUUUUAAAGGAACUAAUGUAACGUUAGACUUUGAACAUAAAGACAAUACUAUUCUAAUAUCUCACGACGAUUAUUUAAUUUCAGUAUUAGACCUGAUCUCUAAAACUCCCCCUUACACAAUUGAAUCGUAUUUAUGGUGGGAAACUGUUCAUAGCACAUUGCCUUAUAUUAAUUGCAAAAUGAACGAAUUUUCUGAAGAAUUUUCACAUAAAAUUUCUGGAUUGCAGCCUAAACCCAGGGAAUUAUUUUGUGCAGAAAUGACCAAUAAUUUAUAUGGUUUUGCAACAGCUUAUUUCCUCGCAAAUAACAGAUCGAUUCAGCAGAAAACAUCCAAGGUAAAUGAAAUCUCUGAUAAUAUUCAAACUGAAUUUGCCAACACAAUUAAGAAUUUAAAGUGGCUGGAUAAUUCUACGAAAACCAAAGCUUUGAGAAAACUCAACAGUAUGACGAAACAUGUAGGAUAUCCAGAAACACUGCAAUCGACGUACGACUUGGAUAAGUAUUACGAAAAUACUACUUGUUCGCCGGAUAAUUUUCUUGAAAACGUGGUGAAUUUGAAACGUCAGCAAAUGAUGUGGAAAUUGACAUUUUAUAGACUUCGCAAUGAUGAUUCAGUUAAUGAAGGAUGGUACAGCAGAUAUGUAUUGCACACGAACGCUUAUUACGUAAUGGAGAAAAAUUCAAUGGUUAUUCCAGCUGGUCUAUUUUCAUUUCCAUUUCAUGAUUCAGGUUUGGAAGCUAUGAAUUACGGAUCAAUAGGGAUGGUAAUAGGUCACGAAUUGACCCAUGGAUUCGAUAAUACAGGGAAACACUUUGACGAGUUUGGUCGUAUUAAUAAAUGGUGGAGCAAAAGCACAGAAGAGGAAUACCAAAAACGAGCCAAAUGUUUCAUUCACGAAUACGAUAGUUACAAUAAAGGAGUGAUUCGUUUGAAAAAUGCGCUUAAUGGAACGAUCACACUGAAUGAAAAUAUCGCCGACAAUGGUGGAGUUCAAUUGGCUUACUAUGCUUAUAAAAAUUACGUCAAAAGAUACGGUCCCGAACAAUUAUUACCUCGUUUAAAAUAUUUCACUCCAGACCAACUCUUUUUCUUGUCAUUCGCACAUAAAAAAACGUCAUCGAAAUUUAAUCAAUUUCAGACUUGGUGUGAACAUCGAACAAGAGAUAAAUAUGGCUAUCAUGUGGACGAACCUCAUAGCCCUCACGCUAUUCGAGUUUUAGCAUCAUUAAAAAAUUUUCCAGAAUUUUCCAAAGCUUGGGGAUGUAAAAAAGGUACACCAAUGAAUCCUGAUAAGGUUUCCUGCCAAUUGUGGUAAAAUGGAUUAAUUUUAAAUCAGAACUGAUCAUUUUUUACUAUGGAUAAAAAUUUUUUGUAAUAAAAUACAUAAUUUUAUCUGGUG